UGGCAACAUUGCAGUGUCAUUGUCAUAACCAAACUUUUCAGCCAGCAGUGAAGAUGUUUAAAAAAUUUGAUGAAAAAGAAAGUAUUUCCGGCGUACUGCAAUUAAAAUCGUCGGUUCAGAAAGGAAUAAGGACAAAAUUAAUUGAAUCGUAUCCGUAUCUGGAAAACCAUAUAGACAAUAUUUUACCGAAGAAAGAUGCGUUGAGAAUCGUGAAAUGCCACGAUCACAUCGAAAUAAUUGUUAAUACUGCUGGAGAUCUCCUGUUUUUUAGGCAUAGAGAAGGACAAUGGAUGCCAACUUUAAGAUUAUACCAUAAAUACCCAUUUUUUCUUCCGAUGCAGCAAGUAGAUAAAGGUGCCAUUAGAUUUGUUUUAAGUGGUGCCAACAUAAUGUGCCCAGGUCUGACGUCACCCGGCGCUCAAAUGACCACAGUUCCUAAAGAUACAAUAGUGGCCAUUAUGGCAGAGGGCAAAGAUCAUGCCCUAGCAAUUGGUAAAACAACACUUUCUACUGAUGAUAUUGCUAAAGUAAAUAAAGGUAUUGGCGUCGAGAAUUGUCACUAUCUUAACGAUGGUUUGUGGCAUAUGAAACCAGUGAAAUAAAAUUAUUUUUGUAUAUAUUAAUAAUCUUUAUUAAAUUAUGUAAUAUUUCAUAUAUAUGUGACUUUUAG